GUAUUUUUAUAAAUUUGGUUGUGGAAAUCGACUUGAUAUCAUUUCAUUGGUGGUGAACAUGGAAACCAUAACAGCUUUUGGGCCAAAGCAUGGAUCUCAAGUCUCUUUUCCUUCACGAACCAACCUGUUUCAGGAAACGAAACUCUCUCGCUUUCCACUAACGUCACUUCAACGUAAGCCAGCAAAGAAGGUUUCUUUGAAGGCAACUCCUUCUCCGACUUGUGAUGGUCGUACGUUCAAGAAGUUACCACCUUCUGAAUGGACUGACCAGUUCCACUCUGUUUCCGUCGAUGUCUCGGAAAUGGAUGUGCUUGGGAGAGAGAUAGAGUCACUAAAGCCGAAUGUGGCAGAGAUGCUCAUGUCUCCCAAAGGCGUUGACUCAGUGAAGAAGAGAAUCCUUAAUAUCUAUUUGCUGGUGAGCCUUGGUCUCGCGUAUCACUUCGAAGAUGGGAUCGAGGAGAGUCUUAGAGAUGAUUUCCAGAAGAUAGAUGCGUUAAUGGCUGCUGAAGAUGAUUUGUACACAGUUUCCACCAUCUUCUGGGUUUUCAGGACAUAUGGUUACAGCAUCUCUUCCGAUGUAUUCACGAGAUUCAAAGAGGACAAUGGGAAGUUUAAGGAAUGUCUUAUCGAGGAUGCGAGGGGUAUGUUGAGCUUGUAUGAAGCUGCUCACUUAGGGACGACUACAGAUUACAUAAUGGAUGAAGCCUUGAGCUUUGCAUCGAACAACUUGGCCUCGUUAGUAGAAGGCGAGAUGUGCCCGUCUCAUCUCUCCAGGCAUAUACAAAAUGCUCUUUCUCUACCUCAGCAUUGGAACAUGGAGAUAAUAGUUGCAGUUGAGUAUAUCCGAUUCUAUGAACAAGAGGUUGGUCAUGACGAGAUGCUACUAAAGUUUGCCAAGCUCAAUUUCAAUUUAAUACAACGCUGUUUCCUUCAAGAACUCAAAAUCCUUACUAAGUGGUACAAGGAUUGUGACUUUGCUUCUAACUUGCCACCAUACUACAGAGAGUCAAUAGUGGAAAUGCACUUCUAUUCAGUAGCGAAUUUCUUCGAGCCACAUUUCUCACGUGCGAGGAUUAUGCAGACUAAGUUGUUCAUGACCGAAAUGAUUCUUGAUGACACCUGCGAUAGAUAUGCCACUUUUUCUGAGCUUGAAAGCCUAAUAAAAAGCGUGGAAAGGUGGGCUCCUAAUGAUGCUAUGCCUGAUUUUUUUAAGUUCGUGUUUAAAUUUAUAUCGGAUGCCUUUGAAGACUGUGAGAGAGAAUUGAGGUCACAAGGAAGAUAUUACAGUUUCGAAGAAACAAAAAUUGAGGAGUACAUGGAGGUUGCUAAAGAUGAGGUUGGGCCGUUUGUAAUUGUGGCAAGCACUUUGAUGGGUUUGGAUAAGAUCGAUGCAGUUGAAGCCUUUGACUGGCUCAAGUCCAGAUCCAAACCCCUUCAAUCUUUAGCUGAACAUGUGCGUUUUAUGAAUGACCUGACCGGUUUCAAGGAUGACAUGAGUAGAGGAUGUGUCUCUACUGGAAUGAACUGUUAUAUGAAGCAAUAUGGGGUUACCGAAAAGGAAGUGUUUAAAGAGUUCAAGAAAAUGAUUACGAACUCUCGUAAGAAGAUGAACGAGGACUUCUUGAAGACAACUGAUGUGCCACGUCGAGUUAUGAAGGCAGCCUUCGACUGUGCACGCUCGGGAUGCGUUGGCUUCAAUGUAGGUGACGGAGUAACCUAUCCCAAAGGAAAAAUCACGAAGUAUAUCAAGUCGCUGUACGUUGAUCAGAUAUUGUUUUGAAGAAUUUGGAUCCUCCUUACAAAGUGAACGCUAUGUCCUAUGUGGAAGAAAAUUGAAGACAAUAAGCAGUGCUUGCAUGUGUGGUGUUUUUAUUUUGUAUUAAAAUGUGUGUGCUCUUUAGCAAAAAUAACAAAAAAAAUAUGCGUGUGUUUCCUUUAAAAUUUUCUUUGGAUUCAUAUGUGAUUCAAUAAAAUUAAAGGCAUUAGAUGAAA